AUGAAUGCCGUGCAGUCGCUGAACAGCCUGAAUGACCAGAUCGCCAGCUUCAUGGUUCCAGGCCCCAAGCCCAUGGAGCCGGAGGAGGAGGAGCCGGACUCCAGCCCCAGUCCCUCCGAGGGCCAAGGAAUGCACAAGUCUAUGACCCUGAUGAGGCACCUGCUCGUCGAUGCCCAGGGUUUACAGAACAGUGCUGAGGGCGACUGA